CACUCUGAGCGAAGCCGCCAUCACCUGAGUGCGCCCCGCUGGCCUCCCCGGGGCCAAGUGAUUGGCAAUGAGCCCUGUGCUGUCCUCAUUCUUGAGGGAGCUCCCCGGCUGGUUCCUGUUCGCUGGGGUCUUCCUGCCUGUGACUUUGCUGCUGCUCCUCCUCAUCGCCUACUUCAGAAUCAAACUGAUGGAGGGUGAAGAAAUCCUGGUAGACAGCAAAUGGAUAGCAAACGACGAGUGCCUGGGAGCUCCGUGGAUUCCCUCUGCGUGCGUGUUCCCACUUCCUCCGCUUACCGAGUGAUGACUCUUAAAUGGGCUCUUUCAGACAUCAUUUCCGGCCGAGUUUGCUUCUCUCCCUUUCCCAGCUGCUUUCACAAAUCACAUCAGCCUGGUCACAACCCACAAAACAAGCAGAGUCUCUCCAUACUUGGUUACAGAUCACCCAUGAAUGCAGAUUUCAGCAAGAAAUGACCUGGAAAUAUGUGCAAUGUGCUGCUGGAUAAAGGGAAGAACAGAACCUUCAUGUAACUCCGAUGGAGAAUAACUCAAGCAUUUGCCUCUAACACCAAAACAUCAAGGAACUACUUCUAAAUACAGAAAGAAGUCAACAUUUCAUUAGCAGAAUUCUUUUUUUGAGGGGGGAGCCCCAACGAGCCAUCUUAGAUAACCAAAAAGAAAGUGGUAGUUAAAACAGAUUGUGAUAAUGUUGUGCUCUCCACAGUUUUCUGGUUCACGUCAACAAAAGAUGCUUCCCAUGA